AUGGCUGCAUCACCGCUAGCAGCACAAGACACCAAUGACAAAUGGGGCUUUGGUGAAGACCCAGAUAACAUGGGACCUAUGUCCAGUGCUGACCCCCUCGUUGACGACGCGCCUCUGGCAGCAGACGAAACGACUUCCGGGCAAAUAGCAAGCGGCUCUGGUCAUAAACGUACCCCCAGUGGUGACAACGGCGUUUCUGGCAGCAAAACCGACUCCGGUCGCGAAAAGAUAUCCAAGCCGAACAAAGUUUAUAUUGGUGGUUUACCAGACCAUACCCGCCAAGAGGACCUCCAAAGUUGUUUUGGAAAGAUUGGGAGGAUCGCCCAUAUCGAGCUGAAAAUUGGCUAUGGUUUCGUCGAAUUUGACACUCGCGAGGCUGCUGAAGAAAGCGUUGCCAAAUACAAUGAAGGGUACUUCAUGGGUAACAAAAUCCGCGUGGAACUCUCCCACGGUCGCGGUCGCGCUACUAGGCGUUCUGAUGAUCCCGGUGCUUGCUUCAGAUGCGGUGAAACCGGUCAUUGGGCUAGGGAGUGCCCUCGUUUACGAUCGCGUCCUAGAGGUUCUUCUCAGGAUGCCGGAUUGAUUGAGCGAUUACAGCCGCCAAGGGACUACUUGCCUCCUAGAGACUUUGGUCCCCCUGCGCGUUACCCUCCAGGUCCUCCACAGGAAACGAGGUAUUAUGACUAUCCGCCGCUGCCACCGCCUCCUGGCAGAGAAUUUCGGCGUCCCCCGUCGCCUAUGAGGGAUUAUAGAGAUUAUCCAAUGGGGCCCCCUCCACGCCCCCGCGAUUACGACGAUUUCAGGAUGAGGGGACCUCCACCGCCACCUCCUUCCCGGUAUGAUCGCCCAUACGACAGGGAUGCACCACCGAGAAGCUAUCCUCCACCAAGGGACUAUGACCGCUUUGAAAGGCGGCCUCCGCUAGAUGAUAGGUACCCUCCCUCGAAUUCCAGGCCUAGGACACCUCCUGGUCCCCCUCCUCGCCGCGACGAUUACGAUAGACCUCCCCGGGAUUACAUUCCUAGGCCACUUACACCACCCCCUCGCCAACCGGACUACCCACGUUCUCACAGUCCUGAGCAGUCUCGCUACCGUCGCCGCUCGAUGAGCCCUCCACCCCGCUCUGCGCAUUAUGAUGCCUACCCUGGCGCCAAUGGAUAUCCUGGCGACAGGUCUGCUCCUCCGAGGGACGACAAGCGUGUCAGAGACUAUCCCCCCCGCCGCGAUGCCCCAGAAGUUGGCUAUAGGAGAGCCUAA